UGUGACAGGGCAGUGGACGUUAAGGUUCUAGAACUUCUGGAGUCAAUGACAAAGGGUGCAUGAUUAAGUUAAUGGAUAUAAGGACUGGAAGUUUCAUGGAGCUAACUCAGUGGAUAACAGGGGGUCGUUCUACCUCUCACAGAGCCGGUAAGCGCCGCAGUCUCUGUCGCUGCAAAACAUUUAGAGUGGCUGUUCUGAGAACAUCCUGCUCGUGGGUGUGUUUCACCGCUUUCGUCUGUGGACUCUUUCUCCUCCUCGGAGUGUGUUUUCUCAAUCUCUUUGACCCACGACUCCAACCCUUCCCUCUCACUGGAGUGGAGCCCAGAGAUGUCACCCUUCUGUUGUGGACGCACCCCUUCGGCCGUUACCGCAGACUGCCGGACUGUGAGGCGCGCUUUGGGAUCCGUGGGUGCGUACUGACCGAUGACCGACGCAUGUACCCUGGGGCUGACGCCAUCAUCAUGCACCACCGUGAGAUAGUGACCAACGCCACGGCGCUCCCGUCUGACCCACGACCCCGUGGCCAGAAGUGGAUCUGGAUGAAUUUUGAGUCCCCGUCUCACACUCGUGGCCUGUGGCAGUUCGAGGGCUUGUUCAACCUCACCAUGACCUACCGUGCAGAUUCAGACAUCUUCCUCCCCUACGGCUAUCUGGUGACCCGCCUUCACCCUCAGGCCAACACCCCCCACACACGCCCCCGACGGCCCCACCUACUGGCCUGGGUCAUCAGUAACUGGUCGGAGUCGCAGGCCCGCGUGGCGUAUUACCGUCGGCUGGUUAACUACGUUGACGUGGAUGUGUUCGGGCGCGCAGGCGUGCCACUGCCAGAGGACAGCACUGUGGUGCGCACGGUGAGGCGUUACCUGUUUUAUCUGGCGUUGGAGAACUCCCAGCACCCCGACUACAUCACCGAGAAGCUGUGGAACUCCUUACUGGCCGGGGCCGUUCCUGUAGUUCUCGGGCCGCCGCGGGAAAACUACGAACGCUUCCUCCCCCAUGAUGCCUUCAUUCAUGUGGACGACUUCUCCUCUCCUCGCCUGCUCGCCCAAUACCUGAUGCUGCUGCGCCGGAGCCCCACCCUCCUGCAGAGACACCUGGCUUGGAGGAGGAGCUACAGCGUGCACCUGACCGCUUUCUGGGCGGAGCAUUACUGCACAGCAUGUCGGGUUGUGCGGAACCACAGUCUCCGGACUGACACCAUCACCAACCUUCAGCGCUGGUUUGAGUCCUGACCUCAGUGUGGAACCACAGACUCCGGACCGACACCAUCACCAAUCUUCAGCGCUGGUUUGAGUCCUGACCUCAGUGUGGAACCACAGACUCCGGACCGACACCAUCACCAAUCUUCAGCGCUGGUUUGAGUCCUGACCUCAGUGUGGAACCACAGACUCCGGACCGACACCAUCACCAACCUUCAGCGCUGGUUUGAGUCCUGACCUCAGUGUGGAACCACAGACUCCGGACCGACACCAUCACCAAUCUUCAGCGCUGGUUUGAGUCCUGACCUCAGUGUGGAACCACAGACUCCGGACCGACACCAUCACCAAUCUUCAGCGCUGGUUUGAGUCCUGACCUCAGUGUGGAUUCACAGACUCCGGACUGACACCAUCACCAACCUUCAGCGCUGGUUUGAAUCCUGACCUCAGUGUGGAUUCACAGACUCCGGACUGACACCAUCACCAACCUUCAGCGCUGGUUUGAGUCCUGACCUCAGUGUGGAUUCACAGACUCCGGACUGACACCAUCACCAACCUUCAGCGCUGGUUUGAAUCCUGACCUCAGUGUGGAUUCACAGACUCCGGACUGACACCAUCACCAACCUUCAGCGCUGGUUUGAGUCCUGACCUCAGUGUGGAUUCACAGACUCCGGACUGACACCAUCACCAACCUUCAGCGCUGGUUUGAGUCCUGACCUCAGUGUGGAACCACAGACUCCGGACCGACACCAUCACCAACCUUCAGCGCUGGUUUGAGUACUGACCUCAGUGUGGAACCACAGACUCCGGACUGACACCAUCACCAAUCUUCAGCGCUGGUUUGAGUCCUGACCUCAGUGUGGAACCACAGACUCCGGACCGACACCAUCACCAAUCUUCAGCGCUGGUUUGAGUCCUGACCUCAGUGUGGAACCACAGACUCCGGACUGACACCAUCACCAAUCUUCAGCGCUGGUUUGAGUCCUGACCUCAGUGUGGAUUCACAGACUCCGGACCGACACCAUCACCAACCUUCAGCGCUGGUUUGAGUCCUGACCUCAGUGUGGAUUCACAGACUCCGGACCGACACCAUCACCAACCUUCAGCGCUGGUUUGAGUCCUGACCUCAGUGUGGAUUCACAGACUCCGGACUGACACCAUCACCAACCUUCAGCGCUGGUUUGAGUCCUGACCUCAGUGUGGAUUCACAGACUCCGGACUGACACCAUCACCAACCUUCAGCGCUGGUUUGAGUCCUGACCUCAGUGUGGAUUCACAGACUCCGGACUGACACCAUCACCAACCUUCAGCGCUGUUUUGAGUCCUGACCUCAGUGUGGAUUCACAGACUCCGGACUGACACCAUCACCAACCUUCAGCGCUGGUUUGAGUCCUGACCUCAGUGUGGAUUCACAGACUCCGGACUGACACCAUCACCAACCUUCAGCGCUGGUUUGAGUCCUGACCUCAGUGUGGAUUCACAGACUCCGGACUGACACCAUCACCAACCUUCAGCGCUGGUUUGAGUCCUGACCUCAGUGUGGAUUCACAGACUCCGGACUGACACCAUCACCAACCUUCAGCGCUGGUUUGAGUCCUGACCUCAGUGUGGAUUCACAGACUCCGGACCGACACCAUCACCAACCUUCAGCGCUGGUUUGAGUCCUGACCUCAGUGUGGAUUCACAGACUCCGGACUGACACCAUCACCAACCUUCAGCGCUGGUUUGAGUCCUGACCUCAGUGUGGAUUCACAGACUCCGGAACGACACCAUCACCUACCUUCAGCGCUGGUUUUAGUCCUGACAUCUGACUCCUUUUUGACCUUCCAAUAUGUGGUGACUACUAUGAACACGAUUGGUCAGAUAUCUAGCCACAACCCAGUCUGUAGCAGGGAAUCUAUAGGAACUAUCUUCAACACCAUUCAGUAAACAGAAAGAAACACUUCAUAUUUAUUGAACUGUGAUUCUCUUGUCUGUUAUUUUUGUUGUUGUUAUUAGUCACGGUUCAGUAGUGUUAUGAAGUGAGUUAGACUGUAUAAGAAACAUAGAUAUUGCUCUCAUCAGCGUGUGGAUUGUUAAGACGGGCUGCUUAUGGAGGCCUUAAACAACCUUAGACUUAAGGACGGGACAGUGGGAUGGGUUCAGCAUCAUGGCCAUGUUAACCCCAGUAGCCUUGAUACUGCCCAGACAUUACCAGGUGACCAGCUGCUACUUAGCCCACACCACUAGACAUGGGCAAUGUCAACCCCAGGAUAAACUACAACACCGACCCCCGGGGCUCCUGUUCCACCU